CCGCAACCAUGUCGCUGUACACCAACAGCUUCAACUUUGUGCGAGCGACGAUGCGCCGCACCUUGUUAUUGUUACACGCCACAUAACGCUAAAGAAGUAAUCUGCCUGCGGGCCCCACUAUAUAAUCCACACACGAUGUUGGAGUUCCGGACCCAAGGUUACAACGGCUAUAGCGUCAAGUACUCGCCAUUCUUCGAUUCGCGCAUAGCCGUAGCCAGCUCGGCAAACUUCGGGCUGGUAGGGAAUGGCAGGUUGUACAUUCUCGGCCUGACACCAAACGGCAUCGUAGCAGAGAAGUGGUUCGACACCCAAGACUCCCUCUUUGACUCGACCUGGUCGGAAGCGCACGAAUCGCAAAUCCUCACCGCGGGUGGCGAUGGCUCCGUAAAACUCUUCGACAUAAACGUCGCGCAAUUUCCGAUCCAAUCCUGGACCGAGCACGCGCGCGAGGUCUUCAGCGUGCACUGGAACCUCGUAUCGAAAGACACGUUCCUCUCGUCGUCCUGGGACGGCACAAUCAAGAUCUGGAACCCGAACCACAACGCCAGCAUUACCACGCUGCCGACGCACAGCUGCACGUACUCGGCGCAGUUCAGCCCGCACGCGCCCAGUGUGGUGAGCAGUGUGAGUAGUGAUAGCCAUUUGAGGGUGUUUGAUCUUAGGGCCCCGGCGAGCGCGAGUAAUCACCUCACGAUGAGUGUGCCGAUACAUACGCCGCCGAAGCCGAGGAUGGGUGCUGCGGCGCCGGUGGGCGUGCCGCCGAGCGAGGCGCUGACACACGACUGGAAUAAGUACAGAGACAGCAUCGUAGCGACGGCGGGCGUGGACCGGCUCAUUCGGACGUUUGAUAUAAGGAUGCCGGGCGCGGGGCCGAUUGCGGUGCUGCCUGGGCACGAGUAUGCUGUUAGGAGGUUGACGUGGAGUCCGCAUUUAUCAGAUAUAUUGCUGAGUGCGAGUUACGAUAUGACGUGUCGCGUGUGGACGGACGGGAGUGCGAUGGGCGCAGGCACGAUGAAGCAGGAGAAUAUGCUGGAAGAUCCUAUGGUGCAUGGAGGGGGAAGAGAAAUGGGCAGGAUGGGGCGGCAUACCGAAUUCGUCACUGGUGUAGACUGGUGUCUGUUUGGAGCCGAGGGAUGGUGCGCUAGUACAGGGUGGGAUGAGAGAGUUAUGGUCUGGGACGCCAGAGCAAUUAUGCAGUGAUCGAGCGGAGACAUGUGCGUGGAUUCUGCAUACAUACUCAUCGUUUGAAGGGGUACUCCAUCACCGAACGAACAAAUGAACCGUACUCGCAUGUCAGCGAAUUCGCUGCUUCUGAUCCUCGAAGUCGAAGCCGUGCUUCCUGUGCACCAUCCUCCCGAAACCAAUUGCUUUCUCGAAAACUUCCACUCUCUCCUUCUCCAUGAUCCACGAUGGCACUUUAUCGUUAGCAGAUCCUCAGAAUUCCAGUCCAGCUUCAUACUCACACUCAGUGAACCCGUGAAACCCCUUCUCCACAACCAUAACCUCCACACUCUGCCCGUCGCCUUCAUUUCGUUCCCUCUCCAGUCUCUCAACCAUACUCAUCUGCUCAUGCAACAAAAUAUCAACCCCUGCAC